UUGGCUAUUCCUCAAUCAUGGAAUCGUUGCUCAAACUGAGCCUACUGUUGGUAUUGUGGAUUCAUUUUUGCACAAAUUCAAACCAAGACCAUCUGACUUUUGUGAUACCAAAACAAACCGGCGGCAACACAAUUCACUUGGCCCAUAUUAAAGUGGAGGUAGUAUAUUGCAGACAAUAACUUUUAAUCCUGCAUCAUGAAUGGUUUUGUUGCUUUUGGCAGGCUGGAAUUCAGCUCACAACUGCCUCUGGAAAUCCGCCCAACAACUUCGAAACUGGUGGACCUGGAAUUGUAGCUAACAUUCUUCCGAGCAUGUUCAAGGAGGCCAGGUUGAUUGAUAAUGGAACCGUUUUGAAUCCUCGGUGCGACAAUUGUCAGUUUGUCUCUUACUUGUCUUCAACAUUGUCUUACGGUUACGACGCCAAAAAGAGCCAAAAGUGCAUGGAGGCCUAUUACCAGGAUGAUCUCCUUGGCGUUGUGCAGUCAAAUGAUAUAAAUAACGCAGACUUUAUGGAAAGACGUCAACGAUCUUUAACUAAAUCGAUUCUUCAGACAUAUAAAGCAUAUCCCUCAAUUUUUAUGGGCCAACUACAAACCGGCAUUUUUUUCAAUGAGGAAGGCAUGCUGUAUGAUGGUUGUGAUGUUACAAUCGUUUUUACCCAGACAACUAAUGAAUUUCGAGCCUUUACCUCUGACGAGACAGAUGAUAUUGUGGUGACAUUGGUCUCACUCAAGCUGCACGUAAAAAUAUCUGCCCUCAUGGUCAACAACACCCCAGCCUUAUCGAGAUUGGACGUGAUCGAUCCAUUUCGUUGUCUUAUCCCGAAUAAGAAGAAAACAACGACGACUAUUGACAAACGGAAAUUUAGUAAAAAACACAUGAUUUACCUGGUGAUAGUGGUUUUUAUUUAAUCGAUGUGAAACAAUCAACAGUAGACCUACUAAGUACGUAAAUGUAAAACAGAAAUAUUUCAUGUUCGGUUGGUAAAAUAAAACUUUGAAAC